AUGCGGUCAUCAUCGGUCAUGAGAAUGGCCUCGGCCUCCGUGCCCAAGGGGAACGGCCUCCGUCCCGCGCCGAUGGCUCUGCUGCCACCCAUCCCGUUAUACCGCCGCCUCCUCCGCGCGCACCGCAAGUACCUUCCCUCCGAGAUGCGGGUGCUUGGCGACGAGUACAUCAAGGCUGAGUUCCGCGCGCACCGCAACGUCGACAACCCGGCGCAUUUGAUUGGCUUCCUGACAGAGUGGCAAUUGUACGCUCAGAAGGUCGAGGGUGACGCAUGGCGUGGGGAGAAGAUCGACCCCGGCAAAGUCGCCAAGAUGAGUGACGAGCAGAUUGGGCAGUUGUACGAGUUGAUGAAGGCAAUUCGCGAGAGGCGCGAGCGGGGCGAGCAAGAAGAGGAGCCAUGA